AUGACGACCACAUUGACUACCACGGAGGUUGACCUUACCCUCCAACUCGGACACGAGGAUCAAUCGUCAGAGACCGAUCAAACCCCGCCUGAUGCAAUUCCACGGGCAACAGUGGAGGAGUGGUUUGAAACCAGCAAACGCUCGCUCUCGCAGUUUGAGGAGCUGGAAAGCCGGACUCAGAAAGUUGUGGAGGCCCAUAGCUUUGACUGGCAAGAUGCCUUACGAGACAUCUCUCACAGUCUCUUUGAGGAGAUGCAGAUGCUGCGGCAAAUGAACAAGUCGCUGGCCGCGCUACUCGAUGGGCCGCGAAAGGAGAACGAGAACGAUAGGGGCGAGGAACAGGAUGAGGGGGAGGAGGAGAACGAGUCAAAUAAAGACGAGGAGGAAGACACCGCGGAAAUGGAGAUCUCUAUGGCACAGAUCCGUCAUCUGCCUUGGGCCGAAGUGGCCCUGUUUAGGACUCCGCCCCCGAAGCGCUUUGCCGUUGAGCAACUUGGUGCCUCUUUAGCAUCGGAUAUGGAAUUACCCAUCCUCGCCGGAGAAGCCACAGACUGUUUGCCGCUGAACACCAUGCCUGAACGAAUUCGCCUCAAUUGCCAUCGGCUUAAGAGCUUUCUUGAUUAUCAGUUCUGCAGCGGGGAGUUGCCCUACAAUGGUCAGAGCCCCCUGUCAAUUCUCCGACCAUUCAAACUGCUACUCUAUCUUGACAAGCCAAUUCGGUCUAAGGUGGCGGAGUUCGAAACGAUUCGGAAAGAACUACAGGACUCAUCCGAAGAGGAGUAUAUACAGGCUCUUCAUGAUUCUCCAGUGCUCGGGGUCCUUGAGCUGACGGCUCUAAUCAUGGAUUGUCGCUGCUUGGUGCAGUUCAUGGAUGAUACCCUUCGUCCAGCACAAACGCACCUGGCCGCUGCUCCAGACAUGGUACGCUUUGUUGAUCUCUGGUUCGUCUUUGCUCAAGGUUCUCUGGUCUACAUCAAAGGUAGCAGCCCUCCCCAGAAGAUUUGGAAGGUGGUGCAACGGACCGGCGGCCGUCGAAUCCUGGAAACCUCCGAGCAGUUCAACGACGAAAAAAGCAUUGGUAGCUGGACUCCCCUGGUAUUAGACUGCUUCUAUCUGGACUUCGACGGGGUUCGAUUUAUUCCUGUCUUCCGUCAGUUCGAAAUUAGUGGUUUUGAUGGCGUUCAGGCCGCCAAGUCGCUCCCCGUGCUCCCGCUCCCGGUAGCGGAGCGGGAGGGAUUCGCCGACCGAGCGCACCUCAUGGCCCGGGGAAAGCAAUUCGUCGACUGCACCCAGAAAGUUUUGCAUCUGAAUUACAGUGGCAGAUGUCACUAUUUGGACCCCUCUGGUCGCAAACUGACCGACUUAGUCGACAAAAUCCCCCGGAGCGCCUCCUGCUACUCGGAACAGAUCGACAGCGAUGUGAUUGUGGACUUCACCCGUGCCUUGGGGGAAAUCCCCUGGUGGCGCCCCGUGACGGUGGAUCAUGCCUUUGGGGAAACCUCAACGUCUGAGACAGGAACAGCACUCUGGAUCGAGAAGGAUGGGACCUGGGAUAAGCGAUUUACGGAUGACUUUAUGGACGCCCAGAACCGCAUGUGGGACUCCUGGGUCAAGACUGGAGGCGGGCCAACUGGUGAUGAUCUGAUGAUUCUGCCCGACCGGGUUUUUGCCUUCGUGCUGUCGACCAGACGAUGGGCUUGUCUUCGGAUCGGGCGUGGACCUAAUGGUGCUGAGCGCUUGCAGGAGAGACCAAAGAAAGACAACCCUUGGUUGAAAUUGCGCCUCCCAGAUGGCCACAAGGAUCUAGUGCAGUCCUUGAUCCACUCGCACUUUGCCAAACAGAAAUCUGGAGGUGUGCAUUUUGACUUGUUGAGAAACAAAGGGAAUGGAGUAACGAUCCUCUUACAUGGGGUCCCGGGCGUCGGGAAAACGUCGACAGCUGAGUGCGCGGCAAUAAGUAAUGGCAGACCUCUACUCCCUGUAACAUGUGGUGAUCUUGGACUUACUGCAGGCGAAGUGGAGGAGAAGCUCAAGGAAGUCUUUCGUCUCGCCCAGGACUGGGGCUGCAUCAUGCUCCUGGAUGAAGCGGAUGUGUUCCUGGCUCAACGCCGGGCAUAUGACGUGGAGAGAAAUGCGCUGGUGUCUGUUUUCCUCCGCACCCUGGAGUACUACGAGGGCAUCUUAUUCCUCACCACCAACCGAGUCGGAGUCUUCGAUGAAGCCUUCAAGUCCCGGAUCCACAUGUCACUGUAUUACCCGCCGCUGAAUUGGCCGCAAACCUACGAAAUCUGGUCCAGUCACAUCGAUGUGGCGAACGAGGCCGGGGUCGUUGCUGACAAAGGGGAGUUGACCAGCCUCGCGAAUGAAAUCUUCUACGCGCAAGCCCGCCCGGGAUCGGGCCCUGUCUGGACGGCCGGCAGAUCCGCAAUGCCUUCCAGAGGGGCCCAGAUCGAGCUCCGGAGAAAUUAUUUUGUCAAUGUCUUCACGGUCUCCGAUAACUUCAGCAGAUAUAUCUGGACGACACAGAAUAGGCAAGACGACGCGGAACGCAAUCGAGGCUCGAUGGUACGACGAGACGACUAUGUUUAUGAUGGAUCGGGGGUGCUCAACCUGCAGCCUCCUCAGCAAUCGACUGCUGGGUUGCAGCCUGUAUACGCGCCGGGAGGCAUACAGUCCACCCCUUCGCCGUUUGGCCACUCGAACCAACCGCAAAUGGGGAGUUUGAGCGGCGGUGGGCAGCCUUAUCCAGGCGACCCCCGCAAUCUCCAGACCGGCAUUCAGGGCCCUCCCGUUGUUCCCCUGGGUCAGCCCUCCAUUCUGCAAUUGCAAGAACCUAGCCCACAACUGACACUCCCUGCUCAACUGAAUAUGCCAAGCAAUAAUGGCCUGAAAGACAAUUAUACCUUACAACACUUGCUGCAACAACAACAACAAAAACUAUCAAAUCCACAACUGACAGUGCAACCGCAAAUUAGCCUAUCCAGAAACAACAGCAUUGCCGACAAUUAUACUUUGCAACAGUGGCAGCAACAGCAACAGCAACAGCACAUUCCUCGAUCUGAGGUUCAGGCAUCGCAGAACCCAACCACUACACCAGAGUCUGGACUACCGUCUCUCGGCCAGAAUUUCAAUCACCCUUCGCCAAAUAUGCCAUGA